AUUAAACAGUCGACAUCAUGAGUGUCUCCGGUAAAGUUGUCCUGGUGACUGGCGCGAGCUCCGGCAUCGGCGCGGCUGCCGCAGUGCUGUUCGCUAAACGAGGGGCGUGCGUCGUGCUCGUGGGCCGGAACGAAGGCAAACUCGCCGGCGUCGCGCAACAGUGCGCGCACCACGGCCCACAACCCCUCGUCAUCAAAGCCGAUGUUGCUGACGAAAGCGAGGCUAGCACCAUAGUCCAGCAAACCAUCGAAAAAUUCGGAAAAUUAGACGUUCUCAUCAACAACGCCGGUAUAUCCAGGCAAGGCGCGUCGCUACUCGAAGGCAACAUACUCGAAGCAUACGACGUUGUUAUGAAAACGAAUGUUCGAGCCGCUAUCCAUCUCACAACCUUAGCCGCGCCCCAUUUGAUAAAAACAAAAGGCAGCAUCAUUAACACGGGCAGCACUUCAGCUCUUCGCGUUCCUACGGUACUAAGCCUGACAUCAUACUGCGUGUCCAAAGCAGCUUUAGAUCAUUUCACCCGCUGCGCUGCGUUAGAGCUGGCACCGUACGGUGUUAGAGUUAACAGCGUCAAUCCUGGCCCGGUGAAGACUGAUAUGCUGGAAAACUGCGGAUGGGAGAAUGCAGAUGCCAUAUGGGAGAAUUAUAAAGAAAGAACGGCUCUCAAUAGGAUAGGAGAGCCCGAAGAAAUAGCUGAACUCAUGUUGUUUUUGGCCAGUGACAAAGCGAGGAGCAUUACCGGGUCUAUGUACUUAUCUGACAACGGAUAUUUACUCAAACAUUAA